AUGGUUAGUUUUUUCUUCGUUUCACUUUCUAUGCUCAUUUGUUUGAGUAUGGCUUUUAAUAUUGAUGAUAUGAAAUUUCAUAAUCAUCCAUUAAAUCGAUUUUUUCAAAUCAAUGAAAAACAACAUACAAGUCAAAAUACUGUGAAAAAAUUUAUUAAUGCCAAAAGAAAUGAUAUUCAUAGUACAGAUAAUGAUGAGAAACAACAAUAUCCAUCGUCACAUAUAGAUACAUCAUUUGAAUCAAUGAUGGCUGAUUCAUCUAUUAUACGUCCUGAUGAUAUUGCUUGUCUUCAAGCUUGUGACAUAUGUAUUGAAGAUUAUCCACCAAUUGUUUACAAAAAGAAAUCUUCUGAUGAUUGUGGUCCAGUAUGUGAAUGUGCUAAUAGUUGUACUCGUAUGUCAAUCGAAGAGAUUGAUAAAAUUUAUGGCCAUGGCUCUUCACAACAAACUGACAAAGGUUGCUUUUUAAGAGUCUAUUUUCAAAUGCUCAACAAUUAA